CCCGGAGUAGUUGUGGUCUCUUGCGCUUGCGCACUAGGACUGGAGGCCAGCGUUGGAACGCGGGGACCUCGACGCACCGUUCUGGUGGGCCAGGCAUGGCGGGCUCUGGCCCCGUGUUGAGUAUUCUGGGGCUGUUACUUGUGUCUGCGCAGUUUGGAGUCCUUGGAGAGCGUCCCAGCUCCGAUCUGGGGGCACACCCAGAACGCCGCUCCCCGGUCGGUCCCGGGACCACCGAACCUCGGCGGCAGCCACCACCCAAGGACCAGCACGAGCGGGCCCGAGCUGGAUCAGUGUCUUUGGGCGUGCUGUACACCGCAGCCGUCGUGGCUUUUGUACUGUUCAAGUGUUUGCAGCAGGGCCCAGAUGAGGCUGCUGUUCUCCGAGAGGAAAAAAACAAGAAAUCCUCACAGUCAGAACAACAGCUGGUGCAGCUGACACAACAGCUGGCCCAGACGGAACAGCACCUGAACAACCUGAUGACCCAGCUGGAUCCCCUUUUUGAAAGGGUGACUACUUUGGUUGGAACCCAGCGGGAACUUCUAAACACAAAACUAAAGACCAUCCACCACCUUCUACAAGACUGCAAGCCUGACACAGGAGUGGAACUUCCAGAACCAGGAAAAGCUUGGGAGGUAUCUGAUGGCUGGGACGCAAUGGCCAUGAAACUGGAGCAGGCUGGUCUUUCCCUCACAGAAGCCAGCAUACCUUUUUCUGAGGACCUAGGGAAAGAAGACCAAGAAGAAGCUAGAAACACUCAGGCCUGGGAAGAGCCCAUAAACUGGAGCCCAGAGACAUGGAACCUAGCUCCCUCCUGGGAGGUGGAGCAGGGGCUGAGGAGGAGGUGGCACAAGACUGUGACAAAGGGUCCAGCAGUAAAUGGGGGACAGCCACUGAAGGUUUAGUAAAAACAGUCACCUCGUA